UGUAAACGAGGCUGAUGCUGGUGAGCGAGCCCAAUGCCAGUUUGCACGCGAGUCACGCCCAACUUGGACUGGCAGGAAGGCUGGAGGGUUUGCGACUGCAGGACCCUCCCGAUCAGAAAAAAGAGGUCUCUGCGCCAAGAUUUCUCAUUUUGAACUGCACACGACCUCGCCGCUGCAACCUCACACGCUGACGUUACGGCUUGCAGGAUAAACCCACGCUCACUGAGACACACGGCCACGUGCAGCUUACUUUUUGUGUCAAUAUGCCUGACGAUCUUGAGUCGCGAUUGAAGAGCCAUGCCCGGGCCUUCGAAGGGUUGAUGUCGCUGAUCCCAGCCAAAGAAUACUACGGGAAAGACGAGAGUAUCACAAGUACGCAAUGGCAAAAGAAGAAGCAGACCACCGAAGAGCGCCAGGCUGCAAAGCGAGCGAAGCUAGAUCCCGCGUCACACAAGUCUGCCCAGGAUGUACUGGACGAGAAUGCACGCAAGCGCAAGCGCGAAUUCGAGGGUGAAGCCGAGGACGACGCGGUCUCAGAGGCACCCUCUUCAGACCUUGAUAUGGACAUUGUAAAGGAGACGCCGCUCGAGGGGAUAAAGAAAGCCAAGAAGCAGAAAACAAAGAAGGACGCCGACGCUGAACCGGAAGAGGUUGUCAAAGAAGGCCGGGUAUUAACAAAAGCCGAGAUCAAGGCCGAGAAGAAGAAGGAAAAGAAGAAGGAGAAGCAAGCACAGAAGAAAAACAAGGAGGAAGCACGGAAGGCGUCGCAGGCUGAGUUCAAGGAGGGUCUUACGGCACCCAAAGAGACGAAGAAGCCUAAGCAGGUUGAGGUUGACGAAGAUGAGGACGACGAGGUGGAUGAUGGCCUUGAGGACCCCGAGGAUCGCAUCGAGGCCCUAGACGUCAGCGGCCUCGUCGAUGUUGAAGAGGGUCAGUCCACCGCUCCCACCACUACUGCAAAUUCCAAUAUCUCUACAGCAGCGUCCGAUGCCUCAUCUUCAACCUCCGUUCCCGAAGCAGCACCUACAACGAAGGACACAAAGAAAGAAAAGAAGCCGUUACAGAUCGACGAGAAGAGCCAGGAGGAGUUUCGCGCACGAUUGAACGCCAAGCUCGAGGCAAUGCGCGCAGCGCGCAAGGCUGACGGACCUGAUGGACGACCUGCAAAGAACCGAGCCGAGCUUAUCGAAGCCCGACGGAAGAAGGAAGCAGCGCGCCAGGCCACGAAGAAGGCCGGUCGUCAGGAAGCUAAGGAGGAUGAGGCACGUCAGAAAGCAGAGGAGCAGCUUGCACGGAUAAGAGGCGGAUCAGGAUCACCCUCCAUCUUCCCAGCACGAUCACCAGAACAUGAGCGCAACUUCAACUUCGGCCGAGUCGCCUGGGAAGACGGCCAAGAGCUCGAAGGUGGCCUCUCUAAAUUCCUCGAAUCGCGCAAGAAGAAGGGCAAAUCCGACACCAAGACCGCCCUUGAAGCCGCGCAGAAAAAGCAAGCCCGCAUCAACGGCUACGACGAAGCGAAGCGCAAAGACAUCCAAGAGAAGGAUCUCUGGCUGAACGCUAAGAAGCGUGCGCAGGGCGAGAAGGUCUUUGACGACGUCAACCUGCUGAAGAAGAGCUUGAAGCGCCAGCAAAAACAGAAGGACAAGAGCAAACAGGAGUGGAAGGAGCGACUCACAAAUGUCACCGAGGGCAAGGAGAAGAGACAGAAGAAGCGUGAGGAGAACCUCAAGGCGAGGAGAGAGAGCAAGGGUGUUAAGGGCAAGAAGAAGGGUGCGCCGAAAAAGGGUGGAAAGAAGCCGGCUAAGAGACCGGGUUUCGAGGGCACUUUCAAGGGGAAGUAA